AUGAAUGAUGGGCAGCUGCUCGUAGAAGAGACUGACCAAUUUGGUCAAAAUAUACAUGUUGAUGUUACUAGCUGUCCAAGAGGUAAUUACUGUAAAAACAAUGUACAAUACAUAUGUCCUGCCGGAACCUAUGGAAACACCUUGGGACUAAGCACGCCUCUGUGUUCUGGAUUGUGUGUGGCAGGAUUUUAUUGCCCUGAAGGAACAAUCAAUUAUGUGCUGAAUAGAUGUGGAGCUGUCGAUAAAUACUGUCCUCAAGGAUCUUCAACUCCACUGCUAGCACCAGAAGGAUACUAUACCACACCCGAAAACGGUAACGUCAUGACAAGAACAGGCAUAGAAAUAUGUCCGCCAGGUCACCACUGCACUGGAGGAUUGACUACAAGUGAAUGUUCAGGAUUAUGUGAAGCUGGAUAUUAUUGUCCACCUGGAUCUACAAAUUCGACUGCAAAUGAUUGUGGAAGUGUAGAUAAAUACUGUCCUGAAGGAAGUGGAUCACCGAUUGAUGUGAGUGAAGGAUAUUAUUCUGGACCUGAAUCAUCGAAUGAAUCAAAUCGAUCUGAACAAACGAUUUGUCCAAUUGGCAGUUAUUGUGUGAAUGGAGUGAAGAAUGAAUGUCCUGCUGGUACUUAUGGAUCAACUGAAGGAUUGAGCAAUGAACAAUGUUCAGGAUUAUGUGAAGCUGGAUACUAUUGUCCACCUGGAUCUACAAAUGCAACUGCAAAUGAUUGUGGAAGUGUAAAUAAGUAUUGUCCUGAAGGAAGUGGAUCACCAAUCGAUGUGAGUGAAGGAUAUUAUUCUGGACCUGAAUCUGAGAAUGAAUCAAAUCGAUCUGAACAAACGAUUUGUCCAAUUGGCAGUUAUUGUGUGAACGGAGUAAAGAAUGAAUGUCCUGCUGGAUUAUGUGAAGCUGGAUACUAUUGUUUAGCUGGAUCUACAAAUGCAACUGCAAAUGAUUGUGGAAGUGUAGAUAAAUACUGUCCUGAAGGAAGUGGAUCACCAAUCGAUGUGAGUGAAGGAUAUUAUUCUGGACCUGAAUCAUCCAAUGAAUCAAAUCGAUCUGAACAAACGAUUUGUCCAAUUGGCAGUUAUUGUGUGAAUGGAGUAAAGAAUGAAUGUCCUGCUGGUACUUAUGGAUCGAUUGAAGGAUUGACUACAAGUGAAUGUUCAGGAUUAUGUGAAGCUGGAUACUAUUGUUUAGCUGGAUCUACAAAUGCAACUGCAAAUGAUUGUGGAAGUGUAGAUAAAUAUUGUCCUGAAGGAAGUGGAUCACCGAUUGAUGUGAGUGAAGGAUAUUAUUCUGGACCUGAAUCAUCCAAUGAAUCAAAUCGAUCUGAACAAACGAUUUGUCCAAUUGGCAGUUAUUGUGUGAACGGAGUAAAGAAUGAAUGUCCUGCUGGUACUUAUGGAUCAACUGAAGGAUUGACUACAAGUGAAUGUUCAGGAUUAUGUGAAGCUGGAUACUAUUGUCCACCUGGAUCUACAAAUGCAACUGCAAAUGAUUGUGGAAGUGUAGAUAAAUACUGUCCUGAAGGAAGUGGAUCACCGAUUGAUGUGAGUGAAGGAUAUUAUUCUGGACCUGAAUCAUCCAAUGAAUCAAAUCGAUCUGAACAAACGAUUUGUCCAAUUGGCAGUUAUUGUGUGAAUGGAGUGAAGAAUGAAUGUCCUGCUGGUACUUAUGGAUCGAUUGAAGGAUUGACUACAAGUGAAUGUUCAGGAUUAUGUGAAGCUGGAUACUAUUGUUUAGCUGGAUCUACAAAUGCAACUGCAAAUGAUUGUGGAAGUGUAGAUAAAUACUGUCCUGAAGGAAGUGGAUCACCGAUUGAUGUGAGUGAAGGAUAUUAUUCUGGACCUGAAUCUGAGAAUGAAGCAAAUCGAUCUGAACAAACGAUUUGUCCAAUUGGCAGUUAUUGUGUGAACGGAGUGAAGAAUGAAUGUCCUGCUGGUACUUAUGGAUCGAUUGAAGGAUUGAGCAAUGAACAAUGUUCAGGAUUAUGUGAAGCUGGAUACUAUUGUUUAGCUGGAUCUACAAAUGCAACUGCAAAUGAUUGUGGAAGUGUAGAUAAAUAUUGUCCUGAAGGAAGAUAUUAUUCUGGACCUGAAUCAUCCAAUGAAUCAAAUCGAUCUGAACAAACGAUUUGUCCAAUUGGCAGUUAUUGUGUGAAUGGAGUGAAGAAUGAAUGUCCUGCUGGUACUUAUGGAUCGAUUGAAGGAUUGAGCAAUGAACAAUGUUCAGGAUUAUGUGAAGCUGGAUACUAUUGUUUAGCUGGAUCUACAAAUGCAACUGCAAAUGAUUGUGGAACUGGAUACUAUUGUCCACCUGGAUCUACAAAUGCAACUGCAAAUGAUUGUGGAAGUGUAGAUAAAUAUUGUCCUGAAGGAAGUGGAUCACCGAUUGAUGUGAGUGAAGGAUAUUAUUCUGGACCUGAAUCAUCCAAUGAAUCAAAUCGAUCUGAACAAACGAUUUGUCCAAUUGGCAGUUAUUGUGUGAAUGGAGUGAAGAAUGAAUGUCCUGCUGGUACUUAUGGAUCGAUUGAAGGAUUGAGCAAUGAACAAUGUUCAGGAUUAUGUGAAGCUGGAUACUAUUGUCCACCUGGAUCUACAAAUGCAACUGCAAAUGAUUGUGGAAGUGUAGAUAAAUAUUGUCCUGAAGGAAGUGGAUCACCGAUUGAUGUGAGUGAAGGAUAUUAUUCUGGACCUGAAUCAUCCAAUGAAUCAAAUCGAUCUGAACAAACGAUUUGUCCAAUUGGCAGUUAUUGUGUGAAUGGAGUGAAGAAUGAAUGUCCUGCUGGUACUUAUGGAUCGAUUGAAGGAUUGAGCAAUGAACAAUGUUCAGGAUUAUGUGAAGCUGGAUACUAUUGUCCACCUGGAUCUACAAAUGCAACUGCAAAUGAUUGUGGAAGUGUAGAUAAAUAUUGUCCUGAAGGAAGUGGAUCACCAAUUGAUGUGAGUGAAGGAUAUUAUUCUGGACCUGAAUCUCGGAAUGAAUCAAAUCGAUCUGAACAAACGAUUUGUCCAAUUGGCAGUUAUUGUGUGAAUGGAGUGAAGAAUGAAUGUCCUGCUGGUACUUAUGGAUCGAUUGAAGGAUUGACUACAAGUGAAUGUUCAGGAUUAUGUGAAGCUGGAUACUAUUGUUUAGCUGGAUCUACAAAUGCAACUGCAAAUGAUUGUGGAAGUGUAGAUAAAUAUUGUCCUGAAGGAAGUGGAUCACCGAUUGAUGUGACAAAUCGAUCUGAACAAACGAUUUGUCCAAUUGGCAGUUAUUGUGUGAACGGAGUGAAGAAUGAAUGUCCUGCUGGUACUUAUGGAUCGAUUGAAGGAUUGAGCAAUGAACAAUGUUCAGGAUUAUGUGAAGCUGGAUACUAUUGUUUAGCUGGAUCUACAAAUGCAACUGCAAAUGAUUGUGGAAGUGUAGAUAAAUAUUGUCCUGAAGGAAGUGGAUCACCGAUUGAUAAUGAAGCAAAUCGAUCUGAACAAACGAUUUGUCCAAUUGGCAGUUAUUGUGUGAAUGGAGUGAAGAAUGAAUGUCCUGCUGGAUUAUGUGAAGCUGGAUACUAUUGUUUAGCUGGAUCUACAAAUGGAACUGCAAAUGAAUGUGGAAGUGUUGAUAAAUAUUGUCCUCGAGGAAGUGGAUCACCGAUUGAUGGGAGUGAAGGAUAUUAUUCUGGACCUGAAUCAUCCAAUGAAUCAAAUCGAUCUGAACAAACGAUUUGUCCAAUUGGCAGUUAUUGUGUGAAUGGAGUGAAGAAUGAAUGUCCUGCUGGUACUUAUGGAUCGAUUGAAGGAUUGAGCAAUGAACAAUGUUCAGGAUUAUGUGAAGCUGGAUACUAUUGUUUAGCUGGAUCUACAAAUGCAACUGCAAAUGAUUGUGGAAGUGUAGAUAAAUACUGUCCUGAAGGAAGUGGAUCACCGAUUGAUGUGAGUGAAGGAUAUUAUUCUGGACCUGAAUCUGAGAAUGAAGCAAAUCGAUCUGAACAAACGAUUUGUCCAAUUGGCAGUUAUUGUGUGAACGGAGUGAAGAAUGAAUGUCCUGCUGGUACUUAUGGAUCGAUUGAAGGAUUGAGCAAUGAACAAUGUUCAGGAUUAUGUGAAGCUGGAUACUAUUGUUUAGCUGGAUCUACAAAUGCAACUGCAAAUGAUUGUGGAAGUGUAGAUAAAUAUUGUCCUGAAGGAAGUGGAUCACCGAUUGAUGUGAGUGAAGGAUAUUAUUCUGGACCUGAAUCUGAGAAUGAAUCAAAUCGAUCUGAACAAACGAUUUGUCCAAUUGGCAGUUAUUGUGUGAAUGGAGUGAAGAAUGAAUGUCCUGCUGGAUUAUGUGAAGCUGGAUACUAUUGUCCACCUGGAUCUACAAAUGCAACUGCAAAUGAUUGUGGAAGUGUAGAUAAAUAUUGUCCUGAAGGAAGUGGAUCACCAAUUGAUGUGAGUGAAGGAUAUUAUUCUGGACCUGAAUCUGAGAAUGAAUCAAAUCGAUCUGAACAAACGAUUUGUCCAAUUGGCAGUUAUUGUGUGAAUGGAGUGAAGAAUGAAUGUCCUGCUGGUACUUAUGGAUCGAUUGAAGGAUUGACUACAAGUGAAUGUUCAGGAUUAUGUGAAGCUGGAUAUUAUUGUCCACCUGGAUCUACAAAUGCAACUGCAAAUGAUUGUGGAAGUGUAGAUAAAUACUGUCCUGAAGGAAGUGGAUCACCAAUCGAUGUGAGUGAAGGAUAUUAUUCUGGACCUGAAUCAUCCAAUGAAUCAAAUCGAUCUGAACAAACGAUUUGUCCAAUUGGCAGUUAUUGCUCGAACGGAGUGAAGAAUGAAUGUCCCGCUGGUACUUAUGGAUCAAGUGAAGGAUUGAGCAAUGAGCAAUGUUCAGGAUUAUGUGAAGCUGGAUAUUAUUGUUUAGCUGGAUCUACAAAUGCAACUGCAAAUGAUUGUGGAAGUGUAGAUAAAUAUUGUCCUGAAGGAAGUGGAUCACCAAUUGAUGUGACAAAUCGAUCUGAACAAACGAUUUGUCCAAUUGGCAGUUAUUGUGUGAAUGGAGUGAAGAAUGAAUGUCCCGCUGGAUUAUGUGAAGCUGGAUAUUAUUGUUUAGCUGGAUCUACAAAUUCAACUGCAAAUGAUUGUGGAAGUGUAGAUAAAUAUUGUCCUGAAGGAAGUGGAUCACCAAUUGAUGUGAGUGAAGGAUAUUAUUCUGGACCUGAAUCAUCCAAUGAAUCAAAUCGAUCUGAACAAACGAUUUGUCCAAUUGGCAGUUAUUGCUCGAACGGAGUGAAGAAUGAAUGUCCCGCUGGUACUUAUGGAUCAAGUGAAGGAUUGAGCAAUGAGCAAUGUUCAGGAUUAUGUGAAGCUGGAUAUUAUUGUUUAGCUGGAUCUACAAAUGCAACUGCAAAUGAUUGUGGAAGUGUAGAUAAAUAUUGUCCUGAAGGAAGAUACUAUUCUGGACCUGAAACUGAGAAUGAAUCAAAUCGAUCUGAACAAACGAUUUGUCCAAUUGGCAGUUAUUGCUCGAACGGAGUGAAGAAUGAAUGUCCCGCUGGUACUUAUGGAUCAACUGAAGGAUUGACUACAAGUGAAUGUUCAGGAUUAUGUGAAGCUGGAUACUAUUGUUUAGCUGGAUCUACAAAUGCAACUGCAAAUGAUUGUGGAAGUGUAGAUAAAUACUGUCCUGAAGGAAGUGGAUCACCGAUUGAUGUGAGUGAAGGAUAUUAUUCUGGACCUGAAUCAUCCAAUGAAUCAAAUCGAUCUGAACAAACGAUUUGUCCAAUUGGCAGUUAUUGUGUGAAUGGAGUGAAGAAUGAAUGUCCUGCUGGUACUUAUGGAUCGAUUGAAGGAUUGAGCAAUGAACAAUGUUCAGGAUUAUGUGAAGCUGGAUACUAUUGUCCACCUGGAUCUACAAAUGCAACUGCAAAUGAUUGUGGAAGUGUAGAUAAAUAUUGUCCUGAAGGAAGUGGAUCACCGAUUGAUGUGAGUGAAGGAUAUUAUUCUGGACCUGAAUCAUCCAAUGAAUCAAAUCGAUCUGAACAAACGAUUUGUCCAAUUGGCAGUUAUUGUGUGAAUGGAGUGAAGAAUGAAUGUCCUGCUGGUACUUAUGGAUCAACUGAAGGAUUGACUACAAGUGAAUGUUCAGGAUUAUGUGAAGCUGGAUACUAUUGUUUAGCUGGAUCUACAAAUGCAACUGCAAAUGAUUGUGGAAGUGUAGAUAAAUAUUGUCCUGAAGGAAGUGGAUCACCGAUUGAUGUGAGUGAAGGAUAUUAUUCUGGACCUGAAUCUCGGAAUGAAGCAAAUCGAUCUGAACAAACGAUUUGUCCAAUUGGCAGUUAUUGUGUGAAUGGAGUGAAGAAUGAAUGUCCUGCUGGUACUUAUGGAUCGAUUGAAGGAUUGAGCAAUGAACAAUGUUCAGGAUUAUGUGAAGCUGGAUACUAUUGUCCACCUGGAUCUACAAAUGCAACUGCAAAUGAUUGUGGAAGUGUAGAUAAAUAUUGUCCUGAAGGAAGUGGAUCACCGAUUGAUGUGAGUGAAGGAUAUUAUUCUGGACCUGAAUCAUCCAAUGAAUCAAAUCGAUCUGAACAAACGAUUUGUCCAAUUGGCAGUUAUUGUGUGAAUGGAGUGAAGAAUGAAUGUCCUGCUGGUACUUAUGGAUCAACUGAAGGAUUGAGCAAUGAACAAUGUUCAGGAUUAUGUGAAGCUGGAUACUAUUGUCCACCUGGAUCUACAAAUGCAACUGCAAAUGAUUGUGGAAGUGUAGAUAAAUAUUGUCCUGAAGGAAGUGGAUCACCGAUUGAUGUGAGUGAAGGAUAUUAUUCUGGACCUGAAUCAUCCAAUGAAUCAAAUCGAUCUGAACAAACGAUUUGUCCAAUUGGCAGUUAUUGUGUGAAUGGAGUGAAGAAUGAAUGUCCUGCUGGUACUUAUGGAUCAACUGAAGGAUUGACUACAAGUGAAUGUUCAGGAUUAUGUGAAGCUGGAUACUAUUGUUUAGCUGGAUCUACAAAUGCAACUGCAAAUGAUUGUGGAAGUGUAGAUAAAUAUUGUCCUGAAGGAAGUGGAUCACCAAUUGAUGUGAGUGAAGGAUAUUAUUCUGGACCUGAAUCUGAGAAUGAAUCAAAUCGAUCUGAACAAACGAUUUGUCCAAUUGGCAGUUAUUGUGUGAAUGGAGUGAAGAAUGAAUGUCCUGCUGGAUUAUGUGAAGCUGGAUACUAUUGUCCACCUGGAUCUACAAAUGCAACUGCAAAUGAUUGUGGAAGUGUAGAUAAAUACUGUCCUGAAGGAAGUGGAUCACCGAUUGAUGUGAGUGAAGGAUAUUAUUCUGGACCUGAAUCUGAGAAUGAAGCAAAUCGAUCUGAACAAACGAUUUGUCCAAUUGGCAGUUAUUGUGUGAACGGAGUGAAGAAUGAAUGUCCUGCUGGUACUUAUGGAUCGAUUGAAGGAUUGAGCAAUGAACAAUGUUCAGGAUUAUGUGAAGCUGGAUACUAUUGUUUAGCUGGAUCUACAAAUGCAACUGCAAAUGAUUGUGGAAGUGUAGAUAAAUAUUGUCCUGAAGGAAGUGGAUCACCAAUUGAUGUGAGUGAAGGAUAUUAUUCUGGACCUGAAUCAUCCAAUGAAUCAAAUCGAUCUGAACAAACGAUUUGUCCAAUUGGCAGUUAUUGUGUGAAUGGAGUGAAGAAUGAAUGUCCUGCUGGUACUUAUGGAUCAAUUGAAGGAUUGACUACAAGUGAAUGUUCAGGAUUAUGUGAAGCUGGAUAUUAUUGUUUAGCUGGAUCUACAAAUGCAACUGCAAAUGAUUGUGGAAGUGUAGAUAAAUAUUGUCCUGAAGGAAGUGGAUCACCAAUUGAUAAUGAAUCAAAUCGAUCUGAACAAACGAUUUGUCCAAUUGGCAGUUAUUGCUCGAACGGAGUGAAGAAUGAAUGUCCUGCUGGUACUUAUGGAUCAAUUGAAGGAUUGAGCAAUGAGCAAUGUUCAGGAUUAUGUGAAGCUGGAUAUUAUUGUUUAGCUGGAUCUACAAAUGCAACUGCAAAUGAUUGUGGAAGUGUAGAUAAAUAUUGUCCUGAAGGAAGUGGAUCACCAAUUGAUGUGAGUGAAGGAUACUAUUCUGGACCUGAAUCAUCCAAUGAAUCAAAUCGAUCUGAACAAACGAUUUGUCCAAUUGGCAGUUAUUGUGUGAACGGAGUGAAGAAUGAAUGUCCUGCUGGUACUUAUGGAUCGAUUGAAGGAUUGAGCAAUGAACAAUGUUCAGGAUUAUGUGAAGCUGGAUACUAUUGUUUAGCUGGAUCUACAAAUGCAACUGCAAAUGAUUGUGGAAGUGUAGAUAAAUAUUGUCCUGAAGGAAGUGGAUCACCGAUUGAUGUGAGUGAAGGAUAUUAUUCUGGACCUGAAUCAUCCAAUGAAUCAAAUCGAUCUGAACAAACGAUUUGUCCAAUUGGCAGUUAUUGUGUGAAUGGAGUGAAGAAUGAAUGUCCUGCUGGUACUUAUGGAUCAACUGAAGGAUUGAGCAAUGAACAAUGUUCAGGAUUAUGUGAAGCUGGAUAUUAUUGUUUAGCUGGAUCUACAAAUUCGACUUCAAAUGAUUGUGGAAGUGUAGAUAAGUAUUGUCCUGAAGGAAGUGGAUCACCAAUCGAUGUGCCUGAUGGUUUGUGCAGUUAUCCGUUUGACGUACCAGCAUCUAAUAGAUUUGAUUUGUACACUCCGACUGCCUGGGAGAUUUGUAUUGAUGGAAUGUAA